AGCAAGAUUGCGGCCAAGACAACGGAGACCAGACGGCUUCUGGAUACGGAGGUGGAGCAGACGGAAGAUCUCCUGCGCAAGAAAAAGGCCAAAGCAGAGAAGGAGGCCACCCUGAAGAAGGACAUUGCGGAGAUGAACCGAAGCUUCUUCUGCGACGUGUGCAACAAAGGCUACACCAAGAUGAGUGAGUGGGAGAACCACCUGAGCUCAUACGACCACCACCACCGCAAGCGGCUCAAAGACCUCAAGCAGCGUGAUUUCAAACAGAAGAAUGCCAAGUCGCGCAAACGCGAGAAGAAGAAUGAAGCGCGGGCGCUCGCUCGCCUUCAGGAAAUGGCGGAGCGCGCAAAGCAGCAACAGCAACAGCAACACCAGCAGCAGCAACCGCAUGCAGGAGCUGCAAUACACCAACAGCCACCACCACCGCCACCACCGCCCACAACAUCAGUAGCAACAACAGCAGCGGCAGCAAAGUUGCCUGUCGACGCGAGCCAAGGGUUUGUGCGGAAAAAAACAUCACCCAACAACAGCAGUGGCGGUGGCGGGUUCAAGAGCAUUGGCAGCAGUGGAGGUGGUGGAUUCAAGAGCAUUGGCAGCAGUGGCGGUGGUGGAUUCAAGAGCAUUGGCAGCAGUGGCGGUGGUGGAUUCAAGAGCAUUGGCAGCAGUGGCGGUGGAGGUGGUGGGUUCAAGAGCAUCGUUGACGACGAUGACGACGGCGAUAACACGACCACGACUACCAGGCCUUCACACGAUGCGUUGGGGGCAGGAAUGACAGCGACAGGGUCGCGAGCGCGUGGUGCUGCUGGCGGAUUCGUGCCCGUUGGUGGCGCUGCUGCUGGCAAUCGCGUUGAUGACGAUGACGAUGGUGAUGGAAGCAGCGUUGGUGCUGUUGUAGGCGGAGGCUCUGCGGAGUUACCCAGCCGGCGGAAGUUUGACGGCAUUUCGUUUGGUGCGUUGAGCAAGUCGCGGGGAG